AUGGGAAGCAGCAGCAGCCGAGCAGUGACAAGCUGGACACACGCAUCCAGCGGCAUCGACGCCAAGCACAAGAGCCAUUCUCUCCGUGUGUGGGAACCCGAGCUCACAGCCAGGAUGUGCAAAGGACUAGCCGGGGUCACCUCCUUCCCUGCCACCUGCCUGAAGAGUGCCAAAGAUAUGAAGCAUCGACUUGGCUUUCUGCUGCAGAAAACUGAUGGUUGUGAUAACACUACCUGCAUGAAGAAAGACAAAUCUGGUUGUCAGAGGCUGACUUAUGAAGAAGUUAAGAAAUGGGCAGAAUCUUUGGAAAAUCUCUUAAACAGUGAAUGUGGAGUGGUGGCUUUCAGAUCAUUUCUUCAGUCUGAAUACAGUGAGGAGAACCUUGACUUUUGGCUGGCAUGUGAGAAUUACAAGAAAAUCAAAUCCGCAGCAAAAUUGACAAGCAAAGCCCAAAAGAUCUAUGAGGACUUCAUUUCUGUGGAGGCUUCCAGAGAAGUGAAUCUGGAUUCAACUACUCGAGAGGAUACAACUAAGAGCAUACUUCAGCCAACACACUUGUGUUUUGACCAGGCCCAGCACAAAAUCUUCAUCCUCAUGGAGAAGGAUUCCUAUCGGCGCUUUCUAAAGUCACAUUUCUACCUGGACCUUGUCAGCUUGAACAGUGGUGGAAGCACUAAGAAGAUGAAAGGCCUGAACACUGACAGCAACCCAUUCAUUCCUCAGUGUGCCUAA